GGAGCCCCAUAUCAGACUGUAGUCCUGUAAGAGGCGUACACUGCUGAGCGUGGACCGCUUUGACAAACCUAUUCUUGACAUCCUUUUCCUUGAUGUUUUUUUUCUUCAUGCGAACCACGCUGAUAUUUCACGAAGAAGCCACUUGUUUCAGCCGGUGUGAUUAGCCAAAGAACCGGACAGAAGAGCGAGUCUUUAUUUUAUCCUCGUCCAGGAUAUUAGUCACUAUCCCAUGCGAAAGACCGCUAUCAGUUUGGAUUACUUUUUGUUGCAGUUUCUAACCGUUACAGAUAAGAUAAGCACAACAGCGAGGGAAUACACAAUCAAAGCCUGAUUGCCUCCCUUCUCGUAAAUACGACACAUUUUGAAAUGAGUGGACUCGCUCCUGCUUGCGCGCUUUGUGAAGAGCGCACACUACAGGAGCAAUGUGACAGGAGAUCUCUUCCAACUGGAAUUUGACAAUUGGUACCGACCUUAUUCUAAACUUUACCGAGAGUGUGAAUGAAGAUGCACUGGAGCUAAAAAGUCCAAACAUUUCUCAAGCGAGCGGACCUCCACUGUACACCCGAGUUAAGAUGACUCCUGCCGGAAUAAUGUUCAUCCUGCUCCCGGUGUGUUGUUCGCUACCCGGAGCCUCCUGGGCAGCCACCCUUAGAGGAUUGAAAGACACUAUCGUUGGUUCUGAGGUGUUCAGGGGUGUGUCCAACUUCAGCACCUUCCUUCUGGACCCCACAUCCGACGUGCUCUUCCUCGGCGCCAGGGACACAAUCAUGGCGGUGGACAUCAACAAGCUGACUGAGACGCCACGCACGGUGGUCUGGGACGUGCCGCAGGAGGCCAGGAACAUUUGUAUGACAAAAGGAAAGACCGAGGAGGACUGCCGCAACUACAUCCUCUUAUUGGAGUUCCACUCAGAUGGACAGCACAUUUACGUGUGUGGCACCUAUGCCUUUGACCCAAAGUGUGCCUUCCUGGAAAUUUCCUCCCUCACCUUAAAGAAGGACACGGACGGUCUGCUGAUGAUGGAGAUGGGGAAGAAAAAGGUGCCCUUUGACCCGAGAAAACCCUUCACUGCUGUUAUGACAGGCGGUCUCCUGUACGCCGCAACCUCUAUCAACUUCCGCGGGACCGAAUUCGACAUCACCCGGGCAACGGGACCGGAGCAGAAACAGAUCCGAAGCGAGCAAAAAGUUCACUGGCUGGACGAACCCGAAUUUGUGAGCUCGGCUGUCGUGGAGCUGUCGACCGAUAACAACGUGACGGGAGAGGACGACAGGAUCUACUUCUUUUUCAAUGAGGUCGCCAUGGAGUACAACUUCUAUUCCAAAGUGAGAGUGCCCAGAGUGGCACGAGUGUGCAGGUCUGACGUGGGGGGGCUGAGGACGCUGCAGCAACACUGGACCACCUUCCUCAAGGCUGAGCUGGUGUGCGAGGACAAACUCAGGAAUCAGCGCUUUGACAUCCUGCUGGACGUUUUCACCCUCCGGCACAAUGUCCAAGAAGCCGGCAGCACGCACUUUUACGGCCUUUUCACUACGCAAUGGGAACCUGAGCAGUCAGCAGUAUGUGUUUUCAGCGUGGCCGACAUCAUCAGAGUAAUGAAUGGCCCAUUUAAAAAGCGCAUUGACAAAACAGACACACCCACACCUGUGGGCUCACCAAGACCUGGCCAGUGCCUGAACAACGCUCUGAAGGCUGAGGGCUUUGACUCGUCCCUGAAGAUCCCAGACAACAUGUUGGCAUACGUGAGGAAUCACCCCCUCAUGCAGCAAGGUGUGCAUGCUGCACCCUUACUCGUCAGGAAGGGAGUCAAGUACACCAAACUGGCUGUCACACUCAUGGGCCACCCAGAGGGUCAAAGAGGAGCACUGCUGCACCUUGGAACAGACUAUGGCGAGCUCCACCAGGUGGCAACAAUGGGCGAAAACGCCACCUUACUGAGGGAGAUUCCUUUAUUUGACACAAAAGAGCCUGUCAACAAUAUUUUCCUGCACCAAGGCUGGGCUCUGGUGGGCAGCCCCCGAUCUUUUGCUCGUAUCCAGUCUGAAGAGUGCAUGCUCUAUUUGAGCUGCAAAUUGUGUGCCAGAGUCAGACAACUGGGCUGUCAAUGGGACGCAAGCAAGGGAAGCUGCACGUCCUCUGUGGCGCCGCCGCCGAACAGUGGGGAUGUAAUAGAAAAUGCCUUGAGGAAAUGUGAUGUCCAGGAAGAGCGUUGUUCCCCACCCAUCAAGGAACUGCGCGUUUCCCUGGGUCUGCAUCUCCUCUUGGCAUGCCCCCAGCUGUCCCCCAGGCCAUGUAGUUGGGAGAACCCGCCACACAGUCUCACCAAGCAGCGUCACCCUGACCUGGAAGUGACCGUCACCGAGGACGGUUUGGGAAGUUACGUCUGCACAUGCCAGGAAGGACAGGUCCAUGACCCCACCCCUUGCCGCAGGGCAGCCUAUCAGUUGACUCUAGAGGACCCCAGCACUGCAGGAGCAGUGGGGGGCUGCACUCGCCACGUGGUGGCCUUCUACGUCCUCUUCUUCUUCGGGGGUUUGGUAUUUGGGGUGAUGCUUAUCCACUUUGUCAGAUGUCGCCACUCGAGUGGCUCGCCUCCGGGGAAGGGGCGGGACUUGCUGAGCUCCGCUGCGACCCCACAGUUGCCGUGCAGCACCAGCCUUCUCCGCGAGGGCUUCGGGCUGGCUGAAAAACACAAUGGGAUGACGGCCCCAACCGCCGGAAAUGGCACUCAGCAUGGCAACAGUGUUAGUGGCACAGCGGCCUGCAACAAAGCCAGAAACGGGGGCGGAAAGGCCAUAUAUGCAAACUAUAACAUUUUAUCAGUGGAUGUUCUGGACGGACAAACUGCGAGAAAAGUGGAAGGAAAGAGGGAGUUUGUAGAGGGAGUGGAGAUGGACGAAGGCUUAGGGGAAGGGAUAACGGGACUGGAGGAAGAGCUUUCCAGCAUUCCCAUGUUUAAAUCAGCAGCACCCCUCGCUCCGUGUGAAGAAAGCUCUAUUUGAUGUUAGCAUCUUUGCCCUCGUGGAAGCCAUUAGGAGCAGAAAUGGUGCCCACAGCGUUGUCACUGCCUUUGGACGGUGUCCCAGAGAUAAUAUCGAUACGCACUUCCUCUAAUAAGGCGACACCAAAGAAAAGUGGGAGGUAUGUCGUACGCUUCUACAGUCUGUGAAUGCAGACCUGGGCGUGAGCAUCAUGUGCAAUCAGAGCAGGACGAGAUGAAGGAAACAAAAGUUCACCGUCUUUCCUCAUGGCGCUCUCAUCCUUUCCGCCAAAGAGCACUGAAAUAUUUGGCAUCUCUCGAUCCCAAAAGGCAUCAACAAACUGCAAAGCCAUAGACUGAGCUGGUCGCUCUUUGUCGUCAGACCAGUCGAACGUGACCAGGACCGAGUUCGUCCCCGGCCUGCUGAAUUUUGCGUCCCUGUGGAAGAGGAGCAAAAGCCACCCCCCACCCGCCCUUGUUCCCUUUAUGUCAUUGUUUUGUCUUGUGUUUUCUAAUAAAUCAUAUAAUAUUUCCAAA